GUGUUUUCCCCGCAACGUGGAUCCCAUGGGAGAAGCUCGUCACGUCUUUCGGGCAUACCAUAUCUCGUCAGUCUUCUCUUUCAUUAAUCUGUCGACGCACAUGUCUGAGAUAGUCGUUGACCAGGGACUUGCUAGCCAAUCGCCAUGGGUGCCAGAGGAGUUCUCGGCCUUGCUUUAGUGGUCUGUCUCUGGAGUGGGGGUCGGGCAUUGACAUGCGGACCGGAUGGGCUGUCACAGGUGAUGACGAAGGAGGGACCGAUCCAUGGCUACUGCAAAAGCCUUCCUGGGGUGGAAGGUAGCGUGCUAAGCUUUCUUGGAGUGCCCUACGCCUUGCCACCGACAGGUACCAGACGUUUCCGAAAUCCGGAAUUGGCUGCAACCCGAACAGGGGUGAUGAACGCCACAGAUUACAAGCCGUUUUGUCACCGGUUCCCAUCUGACUUGUUCGAGCCCAAAACACAGCCGGAUGCCCCAGUGGAUCAUUCUGGCGGGGCGCACGGCGGGGCGCACGGUGGGGCGCACGGUGGGGCGCACAGUGGGGCCCACAUAACUACACACAAUAUGGCGAUGUCUACAAAUUGGCAUAGUAAGCCAGUGGAACACGAAGACGAAGAUUGUCUGUAUCUGAACGUAUUUGUACCUGAUAAUCAAACAGCCACCUUACCUGUCUUGAUCUGGUUUCCCGGCCACGACCACCAGUUCGACGCCUCCAUCUUGGCUGCACGAGGAAACAUCAUCGUGAUCACUGUCAGCUUCCGGACGGGCAUCUUAGGAUUCCUGUCCGUCAAAAAACAAGCUUUGUCCGGCAAUUAUGGACUCUACGACCAAAGACUCUCAAUGACGUGGGUGAAGGAAAAUAUCGCCAAUUUCGGUGGAGACAGUUCCAACAUUACGAUAGCAGGUCACGGAAUCUCUGGGGCAAUGGUUGGCCUUCAUCUAUUACAUGACCCCGCCCAGACCCUUUUUAACCGGGCUAUAUCAAUGAGCGGAUACACAGUAGACCCUUACUUCGUACGAAACAUCGCACCAAUGCAAGAAAUUGUUCAGAAUCAUUUACAAUGUAUGGACAGUUCAGGGCAAAAGAUGCUCCAGUGUCUCCAAAGUAAAACGGGAAGUGAAUUAACAACUCAUCAACUACACAUUAGGGCUAUGUUUCCUUAUUCUGUGAUAUAUGGUCCCACUGUAGACGGUAAUUUUUUGAAGAAGGAUCCAUUAGUUUUACUCAAGGAGGGUCAUUUUUCCAAAGUAGACUAUCUUCUCGGCGCUAAUAAAGACGAUGGGACCAUUGUCUUCAAUCUCAUUUCACCAGAUACCAUAGCCAACUUUACUAAAAAAGACUUUGUUCGUACCGUCAAGAAAAUUUCCUCCGAAGUUUUUCGCAGCACCGAAGGCGUGCCUGCCGCAAUCCAAGGAAGGUACUAUCCUGCUCCAGGACAAACCUACAGCAACAGUUUAGUGCGCAUGUUCAGCGAGUACCUGCACGCAAACGCUCUGAUCUCGGCCAGGCACCAUGCCAAGUAUGCUAAUGUUUACUAUUUUCUCCUGGCUCAAGCUAGUGAAGAGGAUAAAAUGGUGCCGUACGGUAGCCUCUUACCACUUGUCUUGGGUGCAAACCAGGAUGAACAAAAGAAUCAUUCUAUGGAUGGUGGUCACGCAGGGCACACGAUAACUAUGCCUGGUGGUCACGCAGGGCACACGACAACUAUGCCUGGUGGUCACGCAGGGCACACGACAACUAUGUCGGGUGGUCACGCAGGGCACACGACAACUAUGCCUGGUGGUCACGCAGGCCACUCGACAGAUAUGUCCGGUGGUCACGCAGGACAUACGACAGAUAUGUCCGGUGGUCACGCAGGGCACACGACAGCUAUGCCCGGUGGUCAUGCCGGACACUCGACAGAUAUGUCCGGUGGUCACGCCGAACACUCGACAGAUAUGCCCGGUGGUCACACAGAGCAUUCGACACAUAUGUCCGGUGGUCACGCUGGACACUCGACAGAUAUGCCCGGUGGUCACACAGGACACUCGACAGAUAUGUCCGCUGGUCACGCUGGACACUCGACAGAUAUGUCCGGUGGUCACGCACGGCAUAUGACCGCUAUGGCCGGUGGUCACACAGGAUACUCAGGUCAUUCGAAGACCGAGAAUCUUAGUCAGACAAUAAUGUCUGCUUGGGCCAACUUCGUCAGAGGAGGAAUUCCUGUGAUGAAUAAUGCCAUACACUGGCACCCCUUCAAUACUAGUAACCCGACUUACCUGGAGUUGAUGGAAAAUAUGACUCCUGAGAACGCUAAUAAAGCCCCAGACACCGACAGUUCACAUUUCUGGACCGUUGUUCUUCCGGUGUUGGAGAGUGUUGAUGGCGUCAUCACGACUACGUCAUCACCAGGCCAUGAUCAUGGAGGUCACACGACUGCCGGUCAUGACCACGCUUCCCAUGAUGAGUCAAUGUUUGGUCUGGAUUUACAAACUGCAUCCGAAGCAAUCCUGGCUCUGACUAUAGUUGUGUGUUUCUUGUUUGUUAUUGUUGUUGUUCUGCUGCUUGUGAAUUUCGUAUACGCUCCAAGGAAGUUCUCCUCGAUGAAUAGAAAGCGGCAAUAUGAUGUCCACGACAACCGGGCGUUUGCCGUCGAGGAGUCGGCGACGAAAAUGUGAUUCGUUUUAACCUGUUGAUGACAAUCGAUCGUGAUUGAUAGCUUACAUCAAAGCCCAGCUCAUGGCGGCAAUGAAAGCGUAUCCCAAAGUUGGACGUAAAACAAUUUCUACCGUUGAAAGAAGAAACCACGGGCGUAUUCAGUGCGCUGCAGUGGAAACUGAACCUGACUAGGUUUUAUGGUAUGACUUAUAUUGUGCAUGCGCCAAAUGUGAACCUUAUACAGGUAUAUACAGUGGUAUAUGCGGUGUUGGGUGCCAAAUUAAUCAUGCAUCAUUCAUAUAAGCAUGUCUGUACUGGGUGAGUAACCACGUAAUGUCCAACAAUCGUUAUGUAAUACAGCGCUAGUAAAAACUACUUAGGCCUGGAUAUAUUUCAGCGUAUCCAUACACUUUUUUACGUUGUUUCAAUAAGUCAUAUGCAGCAUGAUCUGCAUGAAUGAUGUGCUUUAAAUACAGAAAUAUCAUUAUAUCUAAUCAUCAACCAAAUUUGUACGUAUUGAUGGUGUUAGCAGCCAACAUUACAAUACGUUCUUUUAUUAACUACAAACUGAUGGAAUUCCCUACCAAAUUUACUUACUUGGCGGUUGGCAGUUGAAUUAUCAAUCAACUUUACAUACAUAUAUGGCUACCAACCAACUUUUUAAGUUCUGAUAUAUCAGCGGUGAACUUUUUGGGCAGUAAGGUAAUCACAAAAGCUUACAAUACCAUUAUGACGUGUUAUGUAAUUGAAAAUGAUUUUUUUUUUGUUUUCAUUGAUGUUUUUGCUUUCAUAUAUAUAUUUCCAUAUCGAUACUGGCUUAUAAAUGUUACUGGUAUAUAGAUAUUUCCACCUGAGAGAAGAGAGUUGGCCAUUAUGAUGGCGUUUUGAUCUGUGUAUUGACCCUGAUUAAAUGUUAAACCAUGAAUUGCUUUUUUUAUUGCUAGCUUUGUUACAGUGCUACCGGUAAAUUUAUUAGCGGCUAUAUAAACAUUGCUGUAGACAUUCAUGGCUUUUUAAAAUUUUCUUUCCAAAAUGAUCAUAUAACCUCUACACUAUUAUGCAAACGAACCCCUUUUGUAGUUGCUGCGAUGUAUAGUUGAACCGUAUCAUUACCAGAUUCAUUAACUGCAAGUCAAAUUUGUUCAUAAUGUGUUUUUGAUGUAUAGAUGUAAGUGAAGUGUUUGCAUGACCCGAUGUAAAUGACAUGUAUUCGGUGUUUAGUGAGACAGAGAUGUGAGUAAAACACUUUCAUGACAUGGUCUAAUGCAAGGAGGAUUUUAUCAAAUGGUGUACUGCAAUAAUCCGGAGGAUUUUAACACAUGGUGUACUGCAACAAUCCGGAGGAUUUUAGCACAUGGUGUACUGCAACAAUCCGGAGGAUUUUAUCACAUGGUGUACUGCAACAUUCCGGAGGAUCUUAUUACAUGGUGUACUGCAACAGUGAAGAGGAUUUUAUUACAUGGCGUACUGCAACAAUCCGGAGGAUUUUAUCACAUGGUGUACUGCAACAAUCCGGAGGAUUUUAUCACCAGCUGUACUGCAACAAUCGGGAGGAUUUUAUCACAUGGUGUACUGCAACAAUGAAGAGGAUUUUAUUACAUGGUGUAUAAUUCCAUGAUUCUUACACACCACUGUGUAACGGUCUCAAGUACAAGUAUAUCACCUGUAAUAUCAGAUAUGUGAUCUUCGCUGCAUAUAACACAUAGUUAUGAUUGUGUAUUAUGAUGUUCGUAAAAAAGUUAGGUCACGUAUGUGUAAAAUGUUAAACACCGAUUUUUACGGUUUUGUAUUGUGAUACGUGGAAAGGGCUUACACCAUGCCCAUAGUGACAUGGUGUCACACAAACAUUUAAGCCGUAUAGUAUCAGAAUACCAAAUAUCAGUUGUUCGUUUUAUAUUGUGAAGGCUUCAAACAUGCCCACAGUGAUAUCAGGAAAAUUCUUAACAUUAUAGCUGCUAACAAUUGUGUCAUGGGGGUGCAAACUGUCACAUUCCGAUUUCCAAAGUUUUUUAUUGUGAUAUCAGAAGGUGGCUUGGUCACCACGCCGAUAGUGAUAUCAACGAAAGGGUGCAACAGCUGCUAAACUUUAAGUUAUGCUGGAAAGGAAUGUCAGAGUACCGAUUCGAGAUGUCUUUGAAGGGCUGAGUCAGUUAUGGGUUAUCAAAACUUGCAGAGCAGAUUCAGUUAUUCCCAUUCUCUGUUGUGUAAAGAGAUGCGAGAGAUAGAUUUUCCAAGUUAUGCAAAAUCAUUUGAUAUUCUGGCUCUCAUGGUUUGUAUACUGUGGUGCCAGUUCUGACAUGUCUACGACGUGUAUAGAAGAAUCUGCGUGUAAGGUUGCGUCAGUUAGAGAGACAAUUGUGGACAUUCCCUGUAUUGUAUUCUAUUGUGAGAUAAACACAUCCCGAACUGUGCAAAGUCUCGUCAGUUACAGCCUCUUACAAUUUGCAUAGUAGUGUUAGUUAUGAACUUUCUUAGCUGUGCAAACCCAGGUCAAGAGCUCUGGGAAUCUUCACAGCAGUUCCAUUUGUAGACUUUCUCUAACUUACAAUGUGCGAGAAAAAGACAUCCUGCACUGUACAAAUUCUACGUGGUCCUAGAACUUGAAUGUAUAACGUUGCCAGUUGUAGACUUUCUCUGCUGUGUUGUUACGACCCAAACUGUCUGUAUUAUAAAGAGAUGGCUUGUUCGAAAUACACGACAGUUUAGCCGCACAAAAAAGUAACCAAAACCAGCAGAUUUUAUUUUACAACAAUUUAUUAGCUUUAACAAGAACAGAUAAUAAUACUUAUACAAAUACUAAAGUACUUAAGUUUAACAGGAGAGGAUAGCAGUAUAUAUACAAAUACUAAAGUACUUACGGUGUCAAGUCCAAACGGACGCAUAUAUUCCACAAUAUAUACCACACAGGCAUAAAUGCUCAGAGGCAAAUUCACAACAGGGAAAAUCCACAGUAUAACUGAGUGUAUGACGAAAUAUACACAAAAUUCCACAGACAGGGUCCGUGUACUAAUAAGCACUGUGUAUACAAGAGCACAAAUUAAACAUAUAAGAUCAGACUGAACAAGUGCUCGGUGGAGAUAGGAUAUAACAAAGCCAGAGGCUAUAAAAGAGGUCUUAUAUAGACUUAUAUAGGAAUUGUCUAGAAUAAGAAAAUUCCUGAACACUUGAUGUAAACAAACAGGCACCGAACUGAGCGCAUUCUGGAAUAUUCUAAGGUAGAGGCAGACAGCAGGCGCUGAACUCAGCGUAUGUAAACAGUGGCAAGCUAAAUUUAGAAACUGGCGGCAGUCGUGCGCAUAACAUGUGUAUACUAAUGAUAUUGAGAUAUUCCAAACGGUGCAGAGUCUUUUCAGUGUGCUCUCAUAGUGUCAGGUCGAUGUCAGUUCAAGGCAUCAGGUAGUGUACCGGGUAGUCCGAUAGCAUGCAUUGCAAUGAAUUAUGCGUUCAUCACGCCAAUGAAUUAUGCGUUCAUCACGCCAUUUACGAGUUAAAUGAGUUUAAUGUCACUUUAGGUAUUGCACACCCCUGCGUAUGCAGUGAACUCCGUUGCACUGAAUGAUACCCUGUAACCUAUAGAUCUUACAUGUAUGAUGUGGCCGCCCCUUUGCCCAGCUGUGCUAAUAAAGAGCUUUUGACAAAUUUGUGAUUUCACUAAAACCGUAAUUCUGCGGUCAUUCGUGAUUCCGUAAAAGGGUGUGAAAAUUUGACUACUGGCUAUGUCCAAUUAGGUCAAUUGCCAGAUUUUGAUUUUGCUGUUUCAAAUCCCACUAAGGUUGAGCAUUCCCUCACUAUAUAUGCCCUGUGAGAUGUUUCAUAACAAUGAAAGAGGACAGCCCAAUACCUUGGAUAUUAGCAUCCGAGUGAACGGCAAUAUUCUUUUGGCAAUGGUUCUUUGUACAAAUACAAACAUGUCUUCUCACAAUACCACGAAAACAGUAGAUUACAAGUAAUUAAAGAUGACUAUCACGCCAAGCAAUUAUUAAAACGUCUCGCUUGCUGUGAUGUAUUAUACAAUGUGGUCAAAAGUAUUUACUAGUAUCAAACAUAGCCGGGCAAUACAAUACAGAGAAGUGGCAAGAUGUGUGUGUUUUCAAGAAUAGAAGAGUAUAUUUCUUUAGGAUACAUUCUUUUGAGAGGCACUUGUUACAAGUUUGCACGCAGAACCGUGUUCAGUUGCACCGCAUUGGCUGAUACUGUAUCAUUUGAUUGUUACUCGUCAAUAUGGUUCAUACUGAUUUUGGCAAGUUGAGGCCGUGCCAUAUUACCACAAGGGCCAUGUAAAUCUGUUUCAACCCAGCAUUAUUACUUAUGGCAGCUGUACGAUGCACAGUUUCAUAGAAUAUGCCAAGCACAAAUAACCAACCAUUAGAAUAUUGAAAAACUAGCAUUUGAAAAUGUUAUUUUUUUCUCUUAGAAAUAUUCCUAAGUUAUCAAAACUAUAAUACUUAUGCCAUAGUAAUUGUACAGUCUUCCUAGGAUAUAUUAAACGUAUUAUCAAAUUAGGAAAUACAUGAGGGAAAGUACUUCAACAAAUCUUUUCAUAUUUUCCCGUAUAUGAUGCUUCUUUAUGACGCUUCAACGCUUCAUCUACAAAGAAAAUCUACGUGCACGACCUUUAAUGAAAGUGGACGCAUAUAGUGUGCUGAAUCACCCGAAGGCAACAGACGUCUUCCAUCAUAAAGAGUGUCUGUAGGCUAUCUUUCAUUAAAUUUAAUUAAGAAGACAAUAAAUAAUUAAUGUAAACAUUACUUAAUGUAAAUCUGGAGAUGUUUUUGAUUCAAAUGGAAUCUAUCUUCAGGGUGUAUUUUUACCUGUUUGUUCCUGGCAUAUUUUCUUUGAUUCAAAUGGAAUCUAUCUUCAGGGUGUAUUUUUACCUGUUUGUUCCUGGCAUAUUUUCUGCAUUAUUAAUUAUCAGCAAUUGUUUUCUUCAUAAACAUAUAUUUUUUAAUGCUUAAGUGUAGCAACAAAUAAAAAGAU